UAACGCCUUAUUGAAAACGAAGGGUUCACGGCGCAAGUUGUAGAGUUCCUGUCUUAACAUGCCUGAGCCCGCGAAGUCCGCUCCGGCCCCGAAGAAGGGCUCCAAGAAGGCAGUGACCAAGGCGCAGAAAAAGGACGGCAAGAAGCGCAAGCGCAGCCGCAAGGAGAGUUACUCGGUGUACGUGUACAAGGUGCUGAAGCAAGUGCACCCCGACACCGGCAUCUCGUCCAAGGCCAUGGGCAUCAUGAACUCCUUCGUGAACGACAUCUUCGAGCGCAUCGCGGGCGAAGCGUCGCGCCUGGCGCAUUACAACAAGCGCUCGACCAUCACGUCCCGGGAGAUCCAGACGGCUGUGCGCCUGCUGCUGCCCGGGGAGCUGGCCAAGCACGCCGUGUCCGAGGGCACCAAGGCCGUCACCAAGUACACCAGCUCCAAAAUCCUGUGGAACAAAUUCUAUUAUCUUCCUUCCUUUUAAAGCUGAGGAAAUUAAAAUGAAGCUGCAACAUAAAUACAGACUUCUCUGAGGGGAUAUCGAACUGUGAACUGCCCUCCAAAAUAUGAUCCUGAAAAAGAAGUAUUUAAUACAUUAUAAAAUAAAAGUUUUAAUUUAUUCCA